AUGAGCUAAAAAAAUGACGAUUAUCGAAGUGAUUAGGAUGACAAAAGUCAGUCUUCUAUUGAUUCAAUUGAAGACCUUCCUGAUUCUUCAGAGUCAGAAUAAUUCAAGUAGUCGAAGAGCAAGAAAUUACUCAAGAAACAAAAGAACUAGAAGAAGACAAGAUUGAAUAAGCAAAAGUUCAUAGACACAGAAGCGUCUGAAACAUCAGACAACGAGUCAGAUGACAAUUCAGUAGGGGAAAUUACGAAGGGAAAGCAAGAGCAGAUGUACAACGAAUUGGCCCUCAAGAGAAAACAUCACAGAGAUGUUGUUAAGCAAAUCGAGGAAAGAUAUCAAGAUGGAGAUUAAGAUAUAUAAAUUGGGGAUGAUGUGGACAAAUCAGAAGAUGAAAUUGAAAAACCAGGUCUCAGAGACCCCAAAUUUUGGCGUGUUUCAUGUAAUAAGGGCAAAGAACAAGAGGCUGUGACAUCGAUCAUGUUUAAGCAUAAUCACUUGAUAGACACCAAUCCACUUGAAAUUGUAUCAGUCUUUGCACUCAAAAAAUUCCCAGCAGCCAUUUUCAUCGAAGCCAAUUUUGAACAACAUGUCAUGAGAGCCAUCGAGGGUCUGACUAUUGUUAGACAAUGUCCACCUGAAUUGGUUGAAUCUGAACAAUGUCCAAACAUGUUCAAGCCUGCUGAAGUCGAAUAAAUAGACAUUGAAGAAGGCCAAUGGGUCAGAGUUAGACAACACAACAUUUACUCUGGAGAUCUUGCUAGAGUCAUGUAAGUGGAUCAAGAGAGAAAACUUAUCAAACUCAAAGUAGUUCCCAGACAAAAAUUACUAAUGAAAUCUCUUGAAGAAGAGGAAGAAAAUAAAAAGAAGAAUUCCAAAAAGAAUAAUGCCAAUGCAGAUCAAUCUCGCUUCCAAAUGAAAGAAGAAGAAGGUGAACCACCCAUUGAAGACAAUGAGCCUUUCUAAAGAGGCAGCAAAUUCAAGUUCUUAAAAAGAGCCAAGUAUCUUCAAGAACAAAGGAAAUACAUUCGUGGUCCUAAAAUACCUAUUUAGAUGACCAAGAAAUCCAUUAAUGAUGACAAUGACGAACCUACUUCCCAAUUCUUCUAUACUACCAUUAGAGAUGAAUGGACAUCUGCUAAAAAGGAUGGAUUUGAAAUCAUCACUCUUCCAGUUCAUCAGGUUCUUACUGGCAAUAUCAAACCCACUGUAGAAGACUUGUAAUACUUCUAUCCCGAUGUCCAGGAUUAUAGGUUGAUCCUCUAGAAACUUCAUUCCAGUUUGAAGUAAGUGGUUGAACAAAAGUCCCAAAUUCAAAUCGGAGAUUACAUCACUCUCACUCACGAUCAAGCUAAAUCCUCCAGAUACAAGGUUUCAUAAAUCCUAUAAGAUGAGAACAAACUCAUUAUUAGCAAGACUGUUAAAAAUAAGAAUAAUAAUGAGAAAAGGAACUAUGAAUAUAAACUAGAUAUCAGUGAAGCAAAAUUGGCCUUCAAACUUUAUCAAUAAGUUUCCAUUGUCUCUGGACCCAACACUGGAUUAAGUGGUACCAUUAUCAAAAUGGAUGAUUUGACUGCUCAGAUAUCCACUGAAGCUGGCAGAAUUGUUGAUGCUUUGAUUUCAGAUCUCCAAUCAUAAAAAAAUGUUAUUAAAAAAAUGGACAUCGAAGAGAAUCCAGAUGCUGGAGCUGGACAACAGAAACCAGGAUUCAAGAGAAACGAUCUAGUCAAGUUCGGUCUGAUUGAUAAUGAUAUCGGAUGUAUCCUCAAUAUCAGCAAUAACGAAGUCAGUGUCCUCGAUUUAACCAAUCAAAUCAAAAAUAUCAAUAAAUUAGCUAUCAGAAACUCCAUCAACACAAGAAACAAUGUGGUCAAAAAUAUGUAUGGUAAUGACAUCAGGUAAUAGGAUCUAGUAGUCAUAUUGGAUGGUUUCUAUAAAAAUAACAAAGCAACUGUCCUACAUGUAUAUAGAGAUUAUUUAUUCCUAUUCAAUGGCAAAUUUGACAACACCCAAGGAGUAAUCAUAGAAAAAGCCAACAAUUGUGGUCUAGUCUCUUCCUCCAAAAAGCCAGAUCCUGGUGCCAACACUAUAUCCCAAAUGCCCAAUGAAGAUUGGAAAAAUCUCAGAGGACAGAUGGUUACCAUUCGUAAAGGACAAUGGUAAUCUUACAGAGGAAUGGUCCAAGAAGUCACCAGUAGAGUUGCCACAAUCUAAUUGUCAGCUAAAAAUUUGGUUGUUAAAGUUCCAUUAGAAUGUAUAAAAUCCGAAUCUUCAAACUCCCAUCUUCAAGUUGGAAAAACCCCACAACAUCAUCCAGGCAUGUCAACAAGAGUUUGGGAUGAUCUUGAAGGUGUUCAAUAAUCAGCUAUGCGAGGAGGAUAUCAAUCUCCAUACAUCACUUAUCAAACCCCUAUGCGUAAUGAUUGA